CAACAGUCAUCCCGGGCCUAUAAAUAAGGUGUGAUUCAAACUAGUCCAUCAGUAUCAACUCUUCAUUAGCAGUAUGGCCAAUCUCUUUCACUCCGUUCUUCUCUUCGCGGCGCUGGCUGUGUCCCCGAGCGUGCAGCUCUGCGCCCCGGACUGCGCGGGCGUGGACCCCGGAACCAAAGUGCGGGACCCCACCGACUGCACCAGGUACUACGUCUGCGUCGACGCCACCGGAUCUGGCGUAUUAGUACCGUCGAUCGACCCGGUAGACUGCCCCGACGGACAGUACUUCAACGACCAGCACACCAGCCCCCGCUGCGACCCCAUAAGCAGUGCCCCCAACGGCUUCUGCUCCUCACUUUGCAACCCGUGUGAACCCCACUGCACCCACGCGGGAGAGGUCACUCCAGACCCUGUGGAUUGUUCCACCUACUACGUAUGUCUCGACGACGGCCAUGUUUUGCCUGUUGGCUGUCCGGGUCAAACGCCUUUCUUCGACUUCCUGGCCGGGGAAUGCCAAGACGACUCGACCCUCUGCUUUCGGUACUGCGACGUCUGCGAGCCCCACUGUACCCAGCAGAAUGAGCGUGUUCCAGAUCCGAAUGACUGCCACAAGUUCUACCUCUGUACGCCGCCCACCAUGUCCAGUUUCCUGUGUCCCCAUAACGAGAUUUUCAACAGAGAGACAGGCGUGUGUGAGGAAGGGGCUACGUGCAUAGAGGAAUGUGGUGGUGGGGUAACCGACGGAAUAUAAAACACGGUGCCGAUUUCAUCUCUCAGUUUGUAUGUGUGAUAAAAAAGUUUUUAAAUAAACAAAGUUCUCUUC